AUGUCGACUCCUGCUCCUGCUGCCGAUGCGCAGGGACUUCACGACAAUCGCGCCCACCAAUUGAUCGUUGCUACCAUCUUCGCCAUUCUUCUUCCGACUGUCUUCGUUGUGCUGCGUCUGCUCGCCAGACAUGUUCUGCGCAUCCGUCUGUACUUUGAUGAUUGGCUGAUCAUCAUCGCCUGGUUCUUCAAGAUUGGCCUCGAUAUCAGCAACUCUCUACUCAUCAAGCAUGGCAUCGGCCGCCACAUCUCAACCCUCGGCAUCCCCUCCCUUGUCAAGUUUAUGCAGCUCCAGUAUACUCUGGUCAUCCAAUACCCCCUCUGCAUCACCGCGAUCAAGUUAUCCAUCCUCUUCCAAUACCGCCGUCUCUUCCCCAAACACCGCGACUUUCUCCUCAUGACGUCUGCCCUCAUCGCCAUGAUGAUCAUGUGGUGUUGUUCGGUGUUGCUUACUGGAGUGUUCAUCUGUACACCCAUCCGCAAGGCGUGGACCCCUUGGCUUGACGGCAGAUGCAUCGACUUAGUGCCUUUUUACUAUGGCAUGCAGAUCCCUAAUGUGGUUACUGAUGUGCUUAUCCUGCUAUUGCCGUUAAGAGAGGUACAAAGACUCGAUCUACCCAGACAGCAGAAAAUGGGUGUGGCUGUUACUUGUUUGCUUUGGGUCAUCUCUUUGGUUUGUGGUGUCAUUCGAUUGGCUGUUAUGGUGCAGCUUGCUGGGGAAGGCAUGGAUCUUACUUGGAAUCUUGUUCCUGCGGCUAUCAUGACGACUGUUGAGCCUGCUGUGCAGAUUUGUACUGCUUGUUUGCCUUCUCUCCGCGUGCUUUGGCGCAAAUAUCUUGAUGCACGCAAGCAGAAGAGUGCACGUCAUUUGCGCAAUAUCGAGUUGGAGGCGAGUAUGUAG